GGCGUGUUUUUGAGGCUGCCCUACUCAUGAGUAUAACGCGCUCAUUUCCCUUGCACUACCAUUACAAAUGCGCAGCACCCGACGCAGUUGCCCGACCCUCCAGUUCCAGCGCAACGGUGAGUGUCCAGGGCACUGGCAGACGCAUAACAAACAAUACCAGGUCAAGUUCAAGUCAUGAUGUCGUGAAAGGGUGUCUUGAUUUCAAUACUCAUCCCGUGUCUCAAAACACGCCAUCUUACCUCAGCUGUUCCUUCGUCUGAACCAUCAUAUCCUGAAGAAGCUAUUUGCACGAAGCUUGACGCCAUGUCGCCUCUAGGCGGCCUUCGGAAGCUCUCCAUUCUUCUCACCUUCCUCUUACCCUUCUUUUUGAAGGGCUUGACUGCCUUCAAAGUGACUGGUGUGUCGGGUGGUGUCAAUUUGACAACCGGGGCGCGGCCAUUAAGAUAUGAGAUCCACGACUUUGCCAAAUCUGGUCCUCCGUUCGACUUGUUGAUUCUCUCGAUGAUGGCUUUUCAGGCUGCGAAUCAGUCUGAUCCUCUCUCAUAUUUCCAGAUAUCAGGCAUCCAUGGCUUUCCUCGAAUUCCUUGGGACGGAGUACUUGGGACAGGUCCGAAUUCCGGAUACUGCAUGCACAGCGCUGUCCCUUUCCCUGUGUGGCAUCGACCAUACAUGGCGUUGUUCGAGCAAAUCGUGUGGACCUACGCACAGGACAUUGCGAACGAUUUCCCUGAAGACCAACGGGUUCAAUACCGAGAGGCAGCUUUUACUUUACGGUUUCCUUACUGGGAUUGGGCAUUGUAUCCGGCUUUGCCAGACGUAGCGUCUCAGUCUCUGAUAAGAGUCAACACACCGGAAGGCUGGCAGACCGUGGAUAACCCGCUGUAUAGCUACAAAUUUCAGUCCAAUGCAACAGGCAACGGGUUUCCCUCGUCCUAUCCUUUGGCGAACUUGGGGACAACUGUCCGCUGGUACAACCCGAACACCGGACGAGGCAAUCAAAGUGCAGCAAAUGCGGCCUUAAGAACACAAGCCCCUACGAUUCUUUCUCUGACGUAUCAGCUAUUCACGGCAGUGUUCGACUAUUCGACCUUUUCUUGCACUUCGCCUGGUGGUACUCCGGGAAUAGUGAACAACAUCGAAAACAUUCACAACACCAUCCACAACUGCGUUGGGGGUUACGGACACAUGCAAUAUCCAGAUGUUGCAGCGUUUGACCCCGUCUUUUGGUUACAUCACGCCAAUGUCGAUCGAAUUGUUGCCAUGUGGCAGGUGUUAAACCCUGAUAGCUAUGUCGUGCCGACCGUCAAUACGUGGGGCUCGUACUACGAAUCCAGAGGCUUCAUCGAUUCAGCAACAAGCGCUUUGGCUCCCUUCCACUCUGAUGAGGGCAAUACCAUGUUCACCACCGAAGGCGUCCGAAGCAUCAAAACAUUUGGCUACAGUUACGCCGAACUGCCGGAUUGGGAAAUGAGCCAACCUGAAUUGGCAGCAAACGUCCGGAAUCUGAUUAACGCACAAUAUAGUCCUCUUUCGAAUGCGACGGUUAGCCGUAUGAGAAGAAGCACUGAACAGAGAUCAGCCAACAUUGCCGACUCAUUUGGGCACGUCGAUCUUGACAUGACACUAAGUAUGAAUGUCAAUGACCUGGAAACACAGUGGUCGAUCACUGUGCUGGUCGACCGAUUCGCUUUCGAGACCAGCUAUUGUAUCGAUUUCUUCAUGGGUGGUCCUCCCGACGACGUCUCAUCUUGGCCGACAGCAAAGAACCUCAUUGGGACAUAUGCACAGUUCGGCCCCGCCAACGUUUCGACAAUCCAUCCAGACGGAGCUCCUGAAGGCCAGGUUAGCAGUGAAAUUUCCAUGACGCACGUUUUGGCUGCUGGGGCCCUGCGAGGCGUUCUCAAGGAUUUAUCGCCAGAGUCAGUGGUACCGUUGUUGCAACAGGCCCUGCAUUGGCGGGCACGAACUGCUAUGGGCGAAGAAGUGCCAAUCAUUGCCCUCUCUGGUCUGUCCAUAUCUGUCUACAGCAGGUCUUUGACUCCAAGAAGCGCAAACGACCAAUUUCCCAUCUAUGGGCCAGUGCAAUGGCAGGGAUCUGUGACUGAAGGCAAGCCGGGCGGCAGGGCACAACCAGGGAUACAAGAAUAA